AUGGCCGGGGAGCCGCGGUCCAGCCGCUCCUUUCGAACCACCGGCUCCACCUGUCUGCACCCGCUAAGCGAGUUCCUGGGCAUCCCUCUGGAUCAGGUGAAUUUUGUGGCUUGUCAGCUCUUUGCCCUGCUGGCUGCCUUUUGGUUUCGCCUUUACUUAAGGCCCGGUAAAAGCAGCCCUGAGGUCCGGCACACAUCUGCCACAGUGUUGGGCAUCUAUUUUGUCAUCUUUUGUUUUGGUUGGUACUCUGUCCAUCUAUUUGUGCUGGUAUUGCUAUGCUAUGGCGUGUUGGUCACUGCUAGUGUGUCCAACAUUCACAGGUACUCCUUCUUUGUAGCCAUGGGAUACCUGACCAUAUGCCACAUCAGCCGCAUAUACAUCUUCCACUAUGGAAUUCUCACUACAGACUUUUCAGGACCUCUGAUGAUAGUCACUCAGAAGAUCACGACCUUGGCCUUUCAAGUUCACGAUGGGUUAGGUCGAAGAGCAGAAGAUCUCUCUGCAGAGCAGCAGCGCCUUGCUGUAACAGUCAAACCAUCUUUUUUGGAAUACUUGAGCUACCUUCUCAACUUCAUGAGUGUCAUUGCUGGCCCUUGUAACAAUUUCAAAGACUACGUGGCCUUCAUUGAGGGGAGACACACACACAUGAAGUUGCUGGAAGUGAACUGGAAGCAGAAAGAUUUCCAGGACCUGCCAGAACCUUCUCCCACUGGAGCCGUGCUGCAUAAGCUGUGUCUGACGUUGGUGUCUCUCCUCCUGUUUUUGACGCUCACCAAGACCUUCCCUGUCACCUGCCUUGUUGACCUUCAGUUUUCCCAAAAAACCAACUUUCUCACUCGACUCUGCUACUUGUAUGCUGUCAUGCAAGCUUCAAAACCCAAAUAUUACUUUGCCUGGACAUUAGCUGAUGCAGUGAAUAAUGCAGCUGGGUUUGGAUUCAGCGGUGUGGAUAAGAAUGGAAAUUACUGUUGGGAUCUGCUUUCUAACCUAAACAUCUGGAAAAUUGAGACUGCCACGAGUUUCAAAAUGUACUUAGAAAACUGGAAUAUUCAGACAGCAACUUGGCUAAAGCGAGUAUGCUAUGAACGAGUUCCCUGGUACCCAACGGUGCUAACCUUCAUCCUCUCUGCCUUGUGGCAUGGGGUCUACCCUGGAUACUAUUUUACCUUCUUAACUGGAAUCCUUGUCACACUAGCAGCCAGAACGGUGAGGAAUAACUACAGACAUUACUUCCUUUCUUCCAAAGCCCUCAAGCUUGUGUAUGACAUGGUCACCUGGGCUGUCACUCAGCUGGCCGUCUCCUACACAGUCGCACCCUUUGUCAUGCUGGCCGUGGAACCAACCAUCAGUUUAUACAUGUCUGUGUACUUUUAUGUGCACAUCAUAAGUCUCCUGAUAAUACUGUUUCUGCCAAGCAAGUCACAAGCUCAUGCGCAAAGGGAGCCUCAGAACUCCUUCCAAAGGAAAAUGGAUUGA